UAGUUAGAAGAAACUUGUAAUCUCUCCCUCAUUAGAAUUUCUCGAGAUCAGAUAGAGGAAUGUUAGGUUACAAAUGUCUCCACUGGGACAAUGUCAGUGAUUCGCGGCCAUUGAAGGACCCUGAAACCUUCUCUCUUCCGGGUCCUAUCCCUCAAUGGCCUCCAGGUCAAGGCUUUGGCUCCGGAACAAUCAACCUCGGCAAAUUAGAAGUCAUCAAAAUCACAGACUUUGAAUUCAUAUGGCGUUACAGAUCCACAGAGAACAAUAACAAGUGCAUCUCAUUCUACAAACCAAAAGGAUCGUUACCUAAAGACUUCCAUUGCUUAGGUCACUACUGUCAAUCUGAUUCUCAUCCCUUGAAAGGUUAUCUUCUUGCAGCCAGAGAUUUAGCAGCUUCACUAGAACAAGAACCUGCAUUAGCCGAACCUCUUGAUUUUACACUGGUCUGGAGCUCGAAUGAUUCAGAUGGUUACUUCUGGUUACCGCAGCCUCCUGAAGGUUAUAGAUCAAUGGGGUUUAUCGUCACAAAGAGCUCCGCGAAACCUGAGUUGAAUGAAGUUAGAUGCGUAAGAGCUGAUCUCACUGAUAAAUGCGAAACACACAAACUCAUCCUCACAGCCGUUUCAGAAUCUGUACAUGUUCCUUUGUUUAUAUGGAGAACUCGUCCUUCAGACCGAGGGAUGUGGGGGAAAGGUGUCUCUACAGGUACUUUCUUCUGCAGAACUCGCCUUGUCUCCAGAGAACAACAUCUCAGUAUCUCUUGUCUGAAAAACCUAGAUUCUGGUUUACACGCAAUGCCGAACCUUGAUCAGAUCCAAGCGUUGAUACAACACUACGGUCCUACACUAAUCUUCCACCCUGACGAAACUUACUUACCAUCUUCUGUCUCGUGGUUCUUCAGCAACGGUGCAGUCCUAUGCCAAAAGGGUAAUCCAAUUUGCGAACUCAUCGAUGAAACAGGCUCGAACUUGCCUCAAGGAGGAAGCAACGACAAGGAAUACUGGAUCGACUUGCCGUUUGAUGAUGAUCACGUCAAGAGAGGAAACAUCGAAAGCUCGAAGCUUUACGUGCACGUCAAGCCAGCUCUUGGAGGGACGUUCACGGAUCUUGUCUUCUGGAUCUUCUGUCCUUUCAACGGACCAGCUACUUUGAAGCUAGGACUCAUCGAUGUCUCGUUGGUAAGUAUAGGCCAACACGUCUGCGACUGGGAACAUUUCACUCUCAGAAUCAGCAACUACUCAGGUGAACUCUACUCAAUCUACUUCUCUCAACACAGUGGCGGCGAGUGGAUCGAAUCUCACGACCUAGAGUUCAUCCCCGGAACCAACAAAGCCGUUGUGUACUCGUCGAAACACGGCCACGCGAGCUUUCCUAAAGCUGGUGUUUACUUACAAGGAUCAACGACCCUUGGGAUCGGGAUAAGGAACGACACUGCACGUAGCGAUCUCUUUGUUGAUUCGAGCUCACGGUACGAGAUCUUCGCGGCGGAGUAUCUCGGCGCGGUGGUGAAGGAACCGCUGUGGCUGCAGUAUAUGAGAGAGUGGGGGCCGAAGAUUGUGUACGACUCGAGGGAGGAGAUCGAGAGGCUGGCGAGUCGGUUUCCGAGGACGGUUGGUGUCACGGUGGGUAACGUGUUGAGGAAGCUUCCGGUGGAGUUAUCCGGCGAGGAAGGUCCGACGGGACCUAAGGAGAAGAAUAACUGGUACGGUGAUGAAAGAUGGUGAAACUGUAAAAAAAAAAAAAAGGUUAAAAUUGGUUGAAAAGGGACAUAGAAAGAAAACUUAAUUUACGUAAAGCAUUAAUUACGCAAAGGUUUUAGUUACGAUUAGCGUAGGAUGAACGAUAAGACUUAAAGUUUGUUGUCGGAAGAGUAUACAUGUGGGUCCCAUAUU